AUGGUUGGGUGGCUGUAUAACACCUGCCUGCAGAGGCUGUAUCUCCUGGCGGUGUUAUUCUUCAACAGUGCUGCUGGGGACCUGCUGCGGGGGGUGGAGGUGCCCCAGUUCGCCGUGGCAGGAGGUCAGGCCAGAGUGAGCUGCUUCUACGACCUGCGCACCACCAAACUCUACUCUCUCAAGUGGUACCAUAAUUCAACGGAGUUCUAUCGUUACGUCCCCACCGAGCGUAACCGAGCCAUCAACAUCAAACCCACUCACAAGUUCUCUGUUGCCGAGCUCUUCAGGAACGAGCGCCAGGUGUCUUUAUCACUGACUAAGCUAGCAAUAGCAGCCACGGGUCACUACCGUUGUGAGGUUAUCGCCGAGCACCCUAGCUUCCGCACUGAGGCUUCCACGGCCUCUAUGACUGUACUACGAGAGCCACUGGCGCCGCCCAUCUUGGUGGACGCCCGCGAGAUAUACGAGACCACAGACUUGAUCAAGAUUGGCUGUCAACCCCGACAACCUCUCUUCCACGGCUACACUCCUACCCUACAGUGGUUUCUGGACGGCAGUCAGGUUUCCGCGGACAAAGUGAAACUUUACAGUGACGGCUCCUAUAAGACCAAGGGACUCUUACUACACAUAUCCGGCCAGCAGGUAGCGGCAGCGGGCGGCACUCUGAAGGCUGAGUGCCGGAUGACACUUGGUACAUUCACACUGAGUUCCUUCAAGACACUACGAGUAAGAGUCCGUUUGAUCUCCUACGUGGGUACCUACCAAUCCCCAGCCAACCAAUGGAAAGCGAGAAUUAUGUUGACGUCAGUGAUGGUCUUCAUUCCCGUCCACUUUAACUUAUUGUAGGAUGGUUCACUCAGUCCUUCUGCUACCAUAACUACCACUAAUACUAUCAAUUCUACUACUACCACAACAACCACUAUCAAUACAACUACUGCUACUACCACCACUACACAGAAUCCAUCCUGCUACUGUGGGUGCUUCAUUACUAUACUGCUACCACAACCACUACUACCACGACCACCACUAUUAUCGCUACCACCAUCUAUCCGGCUGUUGUAGGUAAUACACUCAAGAUUCACCGCUAAAGUCUCAAUGUUCAAAUUUCCUUAUUCAGAAAAUUCAUGCAGGGAAUCAAAGAGUUUGUGUGUUUAUCUACAGUAGCUUUACUCUAGUAGUAGUAGUAGUAGUAGUAGUCGUAGUGGUAGUAGUAAUAGUAGUAUCUGUAAUUCGCUACAACAGAAACCUUGAUACUCUAAUGGUGUUAAUUAGCGAUAUAACAUCACAUGAAUUGGAUCGUAUGUGUGUGUGUGUUUGUGUGUCUGUGUGUGUGUGUGUGUGUGUGUGUGUGUGUGUGUGUCUGUGUGUGUGUGUGUGUGUUUGUGUGAUCAGAGAAAAGUCGCUAUUGUAUUUUUUGCUCUAUUUCCCUGUAUCAUAAUUAAUCAAUACAGAGUUCCAUCUUAACCUAACCUAAAGUCCAUUUGUAAGUUUAUAAAGUUUUGUACAAGAAUAAUGAUGUUUUAGCUGGUAAGUGUCUCUGUUUGUCUGUUGAAUCACCGAGAAACAAUAAUACAACACAUUUUAGCAACUUAAGAGGGAUGUUUAUGUUUAAUACGUGGAUAAUAAUGUUUAGUUUUUUAAGGCAAAGAUGGAGAUAAAAUUCAGUUAAUGUUAAGGGCUAUUUUUUGAUAGGUGUGUUUCAUAUAUUUUAGACUAGAAACACCGACUACAGACCAUUUAUAAGAGUGAGGAAUUUACCUAUAUUGUACUAUUCAAUGGAGAGUGAAGGAAACUUUAAUAAAGUAUAAAUUGGUCAUUUGGAACAUUAUUAAAUACCCAUUCAACUCUCAUUCUUAACUCAGCUAUCCAGUUUGAAGUUGGGAAUUAACCUAAUCAUC